AGCAUGGCUAUAGGUAGUUUCUGGGUUUGCUAGGGCCUCGGUCGUGUUUUGUGACCUAGGCGCUCCACGGCCUCACGAUUUUGUCGUCACUCUCGCUGAGGCCGGGCCUCUCCGCCGGCAUGCUCAACAACCUGAGCAUCAUUGGCUCCAACUCUGGUCACAAGGACUGCGAGGACCUAAAAAGGAACAACCAUCACCUCCAUGGCCACCAUGGGAUGGACAUCAAGGGGGUGGAGCACGGUCACGGUCUACACCAGCACCCUCCAGCGCGGCUUGUCGGGGGCUUCGACCCCCAGGGUCUACAACCCCCACAGCCCGUCGACGACGGUAAACCAUCGAAACAGAAGCGGCACAGGACGAGGUUCACUCCGGCGCAGCUCAAUGAGUUGGAGAGGUGCUUCUCCAAGACGCACUACCCGGACAUCUUCAUGAGGGAGGAGAUUGCUAUGAGGAUCGGCCUGACGGAGUCCAGAGUGCAGGUGUGGUUUCAAAAUCGCCGAGCAAAGUGGAAAAAGCGCAAGAAGACGACCAACGUCUUCCGCACUCCCGGUGCUCUCCUGCCCUCUCACGGUCUACCACCCUUUGGCUCUAUGUCGGAGGGACUCUGCCCCUCGGGCAUGUUCGGUAGCGGCGACACGCCCAGGUGGGGCGUCACCUCCAUGACCUCAGGUCUGUCCCAGCUGUCGCAAGGUGGCAUGGGCGGCUUCAGUCAGCUGACCUCCCACCAGGGGUCGCUGGGGUCAGGUCUGCCCAUCAGUUCAUCCAUGACUACCAAUGGAUCUACAGUUUACCAGGCGCACUACGGCCUCAACACACUAGACCCAGUAUUCUAUGGGCAUGAUGCUGGAGGUGACUCUCUCAACUGA